CUUCUGUGGUGGUGCAGGUAUGCCAGACUUCAGGAAUGGGACAAGUUUCACAUAUUUUCCAAGACAGCUAAAAAUCUAGUGCCAAGAAGAACCCCGAUGGCUCUUUACUGUGAAGGGAUCAGUAGAUACAUGGAGGGGCAAGUUCUCUACCUUCAAAAGCAAACUGAAGAGCAAUCUGAGAAUGCUCAAGACAGUGGAGUUGAGCUACUCAAGAACUUGGAGAAUCUGGUGGCUCAAAAUACCACUGGCCCCGUCUUCUACCCGAGGCUCUACCACCUGAUGGCCUAUGUCUGCUUACUAUUGGGAGACGGGCAGAACUGCGACCUCUUCCUGCGCACGGCCUUACAGCUCUCUGACACACAGGGGAAUGUGCUGGAGAAGUGCUGGCUCAACAUGAGCAACGUAUGUACCCUGGGCUAG